AUGUCCUGCUCUCUGCAAAACCCCGUCAUUCCCAGAACUACGGAUACUAUUCUUGCGACCAAGCAGGACGAUUUCCAAUUCGAUUCCGAGCGUUUCGGCCGGCCGCUUUGCGAAGUCCCCUUAUUCCAGACCGCGACGAUCCCGUCCACGCUCGCUAAGGAUCACAAGCCUGCUGCUUUCAAGCCAAGCUUUAGCAUCAUGCCAUGCCAAUAUGCGCGUAGCAUUGAGACCGCAGAGCCAGGGCCAGAGCCGCCGCGGAAGAGCAGCAGCGGCUCCAAGCGGAAGUACAAGAGUCUCGGAACCGAGGGUUGGCGGAGCUACUAUUUCCUGUCCCUGCGUGCGGGAACACAAAGCACCCAAGGCGUCGGAUCAUACAAGGUCAUGCGAGUUCUGCCAUGUAACCGAGACGCCGAAAUGGAGGUCUGGACCAUCGGGACGUCGUACCCUCUGCAACGUCUGUGGAUUGCUGUACGCUAA